AUAUACCAUAGAAGAAGAAGCAGCUUCACACAGGGUUUUGUAUUCCACGUUUUACCUUAGCUAGCUAAACAUUUUGUUUUACCUUAGCUAGCUAAACAUUUUGUUUUGGGAAAUAAAUUAGCCUCUUAUAAACUUCAUUGAGACUUCUGGCAUGCCACACCAGACUGCUUUUCGACGGGUUGUUUGCACCACAACAAACAAGAAUACUUAAUUGUGCAAUCUUCACACCUAGCUACAGUAGUCAAUUAGCUACGUUAGCUAACAGGCAACAAUAACAUUCUGAGAUGGAAAGUGAAGUUCAAAGAGACGGCAGGGUUCUUGAUCUAACAGAUGACGCUUGGAGGGAAGACCGUCUACCUUAUGAAGAUGUCACUAUCCCAUUGAGUGAACUGCCUGAAGCUGAGCAAGAUAAUGGAGGAUCAACAGAGUCGGUGAAAGAACAAGAAAUGAAGUGGUCGGAUUUAGCCCUUCAGAGUCUGCACGAGAAUACACCCAACACUGGGACUCAGCUACUUCGUGAAUGGACGCUGUGCCUACUCCAGUGUACCCGUGGUUGAACAGUUGUCUGUUUCCUGUAGUCUUACAAUGGUCAACAGAAAAUCAUUGACGUGGUAUUUUGUCAUUCAUGUUGAAGGACCCCCUCAAACCCACAAUGUCUUUCAGUUCAAUAAUUGAACCUGGAGUGCAGCAUCCCUGGACUAUUUGUAGAUUUUCUUAUUGGCCUGACAGAAAUAAAUGUAUUGUAAACUGAGUAUAAUGAAGCAAAAUAAACAGAUGUUUUAUUUUA